CAUAUUCUUUGGGUAUUGCUCUUCCCACAUGGUUGAUCGAAGCAAAAAAUAGUCCUUUUGUGCUGGGUAUUUACGGAAUUGCCUUUGGAUUAUUACUGCCGUUCUUUGUGGGCCGCUGGUGGUAUAGUUCUAAUAGUUACACUAAGGAUAAGAUCUUGAUCCAUACUAUGGAGCUAUACUUUAAGGAACUGAAAGAUAAUUCCAGCCUAAAACAAAUAUUGGAUUUACUUUCCGCUUCGUUAGAAUACAGGGAGUUAGUAGAACAACGAUCCUCUGACAGUGGUAAACUUUCGCCAGUAGCUCUCUCAGUAAGAGAUGAGUUGGACAAAAGAUUUGGAGAAAAAUACGAAAAAAAUAAAUAUUUCAUUGCCGAGCAUGCGGUUCAUCUCAUUAAUGGUGUUCUUGAAAUUGCAUUCGCACACCGGUGGCUGCAGACUAGCAUUCGUUGUAUGGAAGUUUCCCAGUUGAUAGUGCAAGCAAUGUGGAUAGGCGAAAACCAAUUAGUACAGUUGCCUUAUGUAACCAACGAAGUCUUAAAAGCAAUUAAAAUUAAAAAGAAGAAUAUAAAAAGUAUCGCACAACUUCGAGGGAUGAAUGAAGAGGAAAGAAGGAAUACAUUGAAAUUGUCAAAUCCUUCGGAAUAUGAUUCUCUAUUACGCGUUGCAAAGUUGUAUCCCAUAAUUGCACUUGAAGAGGCCUACUUCAAAGUUACCGGAGACGAAAUUAUUACACCCAACUCCAUUGUCACUUUAGUGAUCAAAGUCAGAAUUGUUGAACCUUCACCGAAUCCCAGUGAGGUUGUACAUAAGAAAUCUGACGACACUAAAAAUGCCAAUUCAAAAAAUGUUACUAAGAAUGACGAUGAUGUCGAUGAUGACGAUGAAAAAGGCAAUUACCUUGAUAGUGAAGAUGAAUUGUUAUUUGGUGGAAAGCGAAGAAAGGUUUCGGAGGAACAGAGUCCAUUUGUUCAUGCACCUUAUUUGUCAAAGGAUAAAAAACCUUAUUGGUGGAUUUUUAUGGCCGACGAAAAAAAAGAUAGACUUAUAAUUGAACCCGUUAAGAGUGAUUCAUACGUCGGAACAGAUAUCAAGAAAGAUAUGAAACUUGUCGUAAAGGAUUUUUCAGCGCUCCCGCCCGAAGAGGAAAUUGAUGAUGAGAUAUCGGAGCCCGAAGAAGAUUCAAUUGCCGGACAAAUGAAAUUAAUGAGGGAGCAAGGACUCGCUGCGGCCGUAAAGGGUGCUGGAGAAAAGAAAAAACAAGAAAGUGAUAGUAGCGAUGAUAGUGACGAUGAAUGA